AUGGGCCUAGUCAGAAACUACCUCCUCUUAAACGGCGUCAUCCCCACCACCCCCACUGAUGAGAGCGCCCAAGCGCUGCUCUACGUCACCGUAGACAUCUUUGGCUUAAUCCGCAGCCGCUUUGACGCCCUAGCGUACAACAAAGAAAGCGUCAAAGCCGAAGUCGCCUUUGAGAUGAUGGCCUUUGACCGCAGCGGCAAACUCAUCAUGCGCCCAACCAGCGCCAACCGAAGCGCCCAAUACGCCGAACACUACCUCUUUUGGGCAGGCCCACUCACCACCAAAGAAACGGUCAGCAAAGGCGAAGGCCUACUCGUAGACUUUAGCGACGUAGACGGCAGCAAAGCCACCUACAACCCACCAGAAGGCACAGAGCAAGAGCGCAACUGGCCUAUGGGCAAAAACUAA